UCUCUCUCUCUCUCCUUCUCCCUCUCGCUCUCUCUCUCUCUCUCCUUCUCCCUCUCUCUCUCUCUCUCUAUCUCUCUCCCUCUCUCUCUCUCCAUGGCGAAGAGCAGUUUUUAAUCCAAGUGGAUUACGUUGCAAAUUGGGUGACAGUGGAGCCGAGUGGCUGCAAAAUCUGCUGCAGACUGCCGGCUUUAUGCCCUCCUGAACGCCUGCAAGGUGGAGAAGUUAACCCACUUUUAGGGCUUGAGGAGCAAACUUGAAGAAAGCCUGGAACUACCUGGAGCAGGUGCAGAGGAAACGGUUCCUGUGGACUCUCUUUGGAGGACCUCUUUUCAACUUGAUGUUUUUGGGUUUCUUGCACCAAAUUCGCUUUAACUGCUUCAUCAGUUAGUUUUGCAUGACUUUCAAGUUAAACAGCUUAAAGAUGAUAAGAAGCUAAAAGCCAAAGUGGAGAGAAGAUGCCGGCAGCAGGACGGGUUUCUCAGGACAUGAAGAAGAACAUUCAUUUCUUCAGCUCGCUUUAGCCAUCAUGAGGAAACCUUUUCCUAAAAACUCUCUUCAACUUUCACAGCUGAUCCCAGUUUGAAAAACAACCUCCAAGAUUUUAGACUGUGGGAAAUGUCGGGAGCUGGAUGCAGGAUGGAGGGCAGGACGCUGGGAAGGAGGACCCUACUGGGGAUUCUGGCAUUUCUCUUCCUAUGGAUUACAGCUGAGGCUCAGAUGAAGAUCCCACCAGAGACGGUGCAGCAGUGGGCGAAUGUGUUCUCUGUUCAGCUUCGAGAGGUCAGCAUCAAGUACUCCGGCUCUCUGCUGCUGCAGAAGAAACUGAUCGACGUGGAGCCCAUCGUUAAGAUCGUGGAGGUAGACGGAGAAGAGCUGGUGAAGGAUUACUCGGAUGAAAUCGAGCGGAUGUUGGGAAGCAAGAUGAAGUCAGUGAAGAGAUUAGCCGAGUCUGCAGAAGACGCUGACCUCUACCACGAAUACAACUCUUCAUUAGAGUUUGAUUACUACAACUCGAUGCUGAUCAACACAGUGGACGACGACGGGAACACCAUGGAACUGGGCGGAGACUUCCCUCUGGAGGAGAACGAGCACUUCAACAACCUGCCUGUGAACACGCAGCAGAGCGACAUCCAGGUGCCCACCAACGUCUACAACAAAGAUCCAAACAUCAUCAACGCCAUCUACAACUCUGAGGCACUCAACGAUGUCUUCAUCAGUAACUUCCAGAAAGAUCCGACGCUCACCUGGCAGUUCUUCGGCAGCUCCACCGGCUUCUUCAGGAUCUACCCCGGUAUCAAAUGGACUCCAGACUCAAACGGUGUGGCAGCGUUCGACUGCAGGAACAGAAACUGGUACAUCCAGGCCGCCACGUCUCCUAAAGACAUCAUCAUCAUGGUGGACAUCAGCGGCAGCAUGAAGGGGCUGAAGAUGACCAUCGCCAAACACACCAUCAACACCAUCCUGGACACGCUGGGAGAGAACGACUUUGUCAACGUCAUCGCUUACACGGACUAUGUUCGGUACGUGGAGCCGUGCUUCAGAGGGACGCUGGUCCAGGCCGACUUGGACAACAGAGAGCACUUUAAGCUGCUGGUGGAGGACCUGCACGUCAAAGGAGAAGCAAAGAUCAAGCACGCCAUGAAGGAGGCUUUCAAAAUCCUCAACGAGGCGAGGGUGAACGGUCAGGGCAGCAUGUGUAACCAGGCCAUCAUGCUGAUCACAGACGGAGCCAUGGAGGACUUUGAGUCGGUCUUUGAGGAGUUUAACUGGCCCGAGCGCAGGGUGCGAGUCUUCACCUACCUAAUCGGCAGAGAGAUGACCUUCGCUCAGAACACAAAGUGGAUCGCCUGCAACAACAAAGGUUACUACACACACAUCUCUACUCUAGCUGACGUCCAGGAGAACGUUAUGGAGUAUCUGCACGUGCUCAGCCGGCCAAUGGUCAUCAACCACGACCAUGACAUCAUUUGGACUGAGGCCUACAUGGACACAGUGCUACCAAACACCAAGGAGCUGUUCACCACCAAGGCUCAGAGUCUGCUGCUGAUGACUUCGGUGGCCAUGCCGGUGUUCAGCAAGAAGAAAGAGACGCUGUCCCAUGGGAUCCUGCUGGGUGUGGUCGGCUCCGACAUCCCGCUGAUGGAGGUGAUGAAGCUGGCGCCCAGAUACAUGCUGGGACCUCACGGUUACGCCUUCCUCAUCACAAACAACGGCUACAUCCUGGCUCACCCUGAGCUCCGACCUCUGUAUAAAGAUGGGAAGAAACUGAAACCAAAGCCGAACUACAACAGUGUGGAUCUGUCUGAGGUGGAGUGGGAGGAUACAGAGGAGAAGCUGAGGACGGCGAUGGUGAGGGGAGAGACCGGCACCAUCAGCCUGAACGUCAGAGCGUCCAUCGAUAAAGGGAAACGACCUCUGUACCUCACAAACGACUACUUCUUCACAAACAUCGAUGAGACACCUUUCAGCUUCGGCAUGGUGCUGUCGAAUGGCCACGGGAGGCUCACGUUUAUGGGAAAUGUGUCAGUGGAGGAAGGCCUGCAUGAUCUCACCUCUCCAGACCUCAGCAUCGCCACCGAGUGGACAUACUGUGAGACCGACAUCGAUCCCGCCCACAGGAAAUACUCCCAGCUUCAGGCCGCCAUCCGCUACCUGCUGGGGAAGGAACCCGACCUCGAGUGUGACGAGGUGUUGCUGCAGCAGACACUGUUUGACGCUGUGGUGACAGCUCCACUGGAGGCCUACUGGAACGCCCUGAUGCUGAGCGAAACGGUGGAGCCCGGGAUCGAGACAGCCUUCCUCGGUACUCGUGCCGGCCUGAUGAGGAUCAUGAGAUACGCGGGAGUGGAGAAACGAGUUGCAAAGAAGUUUCUGACUGUGUCUGAUAAAGAUAACCUGUUCACCAUGGAUCACUUCCCUCUGUGGUACCGCCUCGCCAUGGAGAACUCUCCUGGAAGCUUCUUCUACUACGCCAUCAACGACAAAGGAGUGCAGUACAUUUUGGCGACGACGUCAGUGAUCGUUUCAUCUGAAGGAAGGACGGCCAUGGCUGGAGCCAUCGGGCUGCAGAUGUCCCUGGAUUGGCUGGAAAAGACGUUCUGGGACCUCGCAAAACAGCCCGAUGACACCGACUGUUCGGACGUGGAGGGUGUGUGCCCUCUGAGCUGUCAGAGUUUUGAUCUCAGCUGUUACCUGGUCGACAACAACGGCUUCAUCCUGCUGUCCAAAGAGCGGAGCGACGUGGGUCGGUUCUUUGGCGAAGUGGACGGCUCCGUCAUGGCGUCACUGAUCAAAAUGGGAAUGUAUAGAAAAGUGUCGUUGUUUGACUACCAGGCGAUGUGUAAGAACAGUCAUCAUCACGCCAACAGCGCCCGCCCUCUGCUCAGCCCGUUUUAUGGCAUCGCGGCGUUACUGAGAUGGCUCUUCACCAACGCUCUGAUGUUCCUGCUGGACUUUAACCUCUGUGGUCUCUGGCACUCUGAUUAUUUUGUGGACGCCAAGGCUGGAUAUCACACCUCUCACAAACAGAAGAAGGUGGAUGCUCUGCAGCCGUGCGACACGGCGUACCCCGGCUUCAUGUAUGACUCAUCGGUCAAAGAAGCAAACAGCCUCAUCAAGUGUGGACGCUGCCAGAAGAUGUUCGUGGUGCAGCAGAUUCCUGAGAGUAACUUGGUGUUGGUCGUCACUCAGGCCGACUGCGACUGUUCCCGUCAGUACGGCCCGAUCCUGCUGGAGCCCAAAGAGAUCAAAUAUAACGCCACGGUGAAGUGCAACAGGAUGAAGUCUCAGAAGGUGCGACGGCGUCCGGAGUCCUGCCACUCGUACCACCCAAAGGAAAACGCAAAAGAGUGCGGCGGAGCGGCGGCCAUCUUUCUUUCCUUUUCUCUCUUCUUCUCCUCCAUGCUCGUCUCGUCUCUCCUCCACUGCUGGACGUAAAACCAAAACCGUCCAAUCAGGACGCUCCAAGCGGCGGGGACUUGAAGCAGGAAACUUGAGGAGGAGGAGCCAAAAGGAGAGCGAACAGGACGCUCAGAUUUUUUUUUUUCCUGCCGUUCAGAUGAGUUUCAUCUCGCUCUGCAGAGAGGAUCAAAGGGCUAUCAGACUUUAAUUCUUCUUAUUAUUAUUUUCUACUUGAAUGUCGUUUUUUUAUCUUCUUUCUGACACAAACUGAAACAGGAAGAAGACUUUUUGAAGUCGCUGGAGGAGGAACAAGACUCUGACGGACGUAAACGCGGCAGCUUGUGGAGAAACGUUGCCGUCACACGCGCAGAAUGUAGCGACUUUUUGAUACAGAAGUGAUGUAUAAAUGUUGAGUUUUUCGUUCAGUU